GCAACUCAACUGAUAUAAUUAGGCUUUAAGAUAGUGAAGGUGCAAAAAAGGGGUGCUUUAAAAAUUGUUGCUUGUUGUGUAGAAACAAAAACCAGAGUGUGAUCUGGAUAUGGGUAGAGGAAAAGUGGUGCUUGAGAGAAUAGAGAACAAAGUGAACCGCCAAGUCACAUUCUCAAAGCGCAGAAAUGGGUUACUGAAGAAGGCCUAUGAGCUCUCUGUGCUCUGUGAUGUAGAUGUUGCUCUCAUCAUCUUCUACAGCCGUGGCAAGCUCUUCGAAUUUUCCAGCACUGACAUGAACAAGAUUCUUGAGAGGUACCACCAGCGAUGUUACAGCUCUGGAUCCACCAGCAACCUUGAUGAGAGUGACGUUCAGAUAGAAGAGGUUUCAAAGCUGAGAGCCAAAUAUGAAUCUCUUCAGCGUUCCCAUAGGAACUUUCUUGGGGAAGAACUUGAGCCACUGAACCUGAAGGAGUUGCACAAUCUUGAGAAACAGUUGGAUAAAACUCUUUCACAAGCUAGACAGCGGAAGGCAGAGAUAAUGCUUCAAAGAUUAGCAGAGUUGCGCAAAAUGGAGCAGGACCUUGGAGAUCAAAAUACUGAGCUCAAAUCAAAGCUUGAGGAAGGACAACGACGGUUGCAACAAAGUGAAGAUGGGCAGGGAGAUCCAGAAGAACAAGUACCUAAUUACGAAGUGGUAGGAGAAGAACCAAACAUGAGCAGCAGGUGCUUUGAUGUCCAAGAAGAAGAAGAAGCCAGGGCAGCCAUGGCAGGAGGAAGGGAGUAACCUAAUCCCAGAAUGGCUGAUAUGAAAUGUUAACAUAUUUAUAUAAAUGUUCUCAAAUUUUUACUUUCUAUAUUCUUCAUAAUAAGAUUAUGGACCUUAUAAAUUAAAAACUUC